CUACACAACACUUGAUCUACAGCUUAUGGUGAAUUUAGAUCUCUCGAGCAACAAAUUGGUUGGGCAGAUUCCAGGAGAGCUUUCCUUGCUCUCCGGAUUGCGAGGCUUGAACUUAUCGCGCAACUUUCUUUCUGGAGGCAUCCCGACUAUGAUUGGAGACAUGAGAUUGCUCGAGUCACUUGAUCUUUCGAAUAAUCACCUUUCGGGAACAAUCCCACAAAGCUUUUCUGCAUUCAUAUCACUGAGCAAACUAAACUUGUCACACAACAACUUCAUGGGGCCAAUUCCGAAGGGAAAUCAAAUCCAGACACUUGAUGAUCCUUCCAUUUAUGCCGACAAUCCUCUACUUUGUGGUGAUCCUCUACAAAAGAAAUGCCUCGAAGCAACGGCCCCUCAAGCAUCGGAAGAAGUUGCCAAUGAAGAAGGUAAGCUUGAAAAGGUAAUGUUCUACAUAGUAAUAUUACUUGGGUUUGCGACUGGGUUUUGGGGAGUUGUUGGCAGUUUGGUGUACAAGAAGAACUGGAGAUGGGUGUACUUCAACUUUGUGGAUCGUAAAGCGGACAUGGUGUACGUGAUUGUUGCAGUGAAGGUGGCCAAGUUGAGGAGGAGAUUGAGAAGAGUGUAACAGGCCCGUUAUCCACAUCAAUUAGUCCAAUGCUUUAUUGAUCUCGUGAAGUUCUUGUUUUCAUGUUCAAGUAGAAUCGUCUUUGUAGUUGGUCUG